AUGAACGGACGAGUCAGGACGAAGACGGUCAAAAAGGCCGCCAGGGUCAUUAUCGAGAAGUACUACACCCGUCUGGGCAAUGACUUCCACACCAACAAGAGGUUGUGUGAGGAGAUCGCCAUCAUCCCCAGCAAGCCUCUUCGCAACAAAAUCGCUGGUUACGUGACUCACUUGAUGAAGCGCAUUCAACGCGGCCCGGUGCGAGGCAUCUCCAUCAAGCUGCAGGAGGACGAGAGGGAGAGAAGGGACAACUACGUGCCCGAGAUCUCUGCUCUGGACCAGGAGAUGAUCGAGGUGGACCCGGAGACUAAAGAAAUGCUGAAGAUGCUGGACUUUGGUAACAUCUCCAAACUUCAAGUGACUCAGCCCGUUAUUGGCAUGAACUUCAAAACCCCUCGAGGACUUUAG